AAGCAAAACAGCGAUAAUCAACCUUGUAAAACGUUAAAAAUGUAGGAGAUCUGCAAGAAAAUCCCCAUUUUAGCAUGUAUGGAUUAUGUUGCACCACAAUGCAAAUUUAAAUUGUUUCGUUAGGUCACAUACAGUUGUAAGGAAUUUUACGGUACUGGUAGUUUGAGUAUUUUGUCUUUCUGGAUCCAGCAACAUAUGCGUCCAGCAUGUCACAGGAACUUAUCGUAACUUUGGGAGAUUUGGACGAGAAAAGCGAAUUGAUAUUGCAUUAUACGACCGUUCACCGAGUUUUCAUGGUUAUCGGUGGACUACAGUUUACCAUGUCUAUUGUUGAGCUGAUUUCCGCAGUAAUAUUGUUAGAAUUUAAAGACUUUGAGGAGGAUCCAGCGAUGUCAGAGCAAUCACACGAUUACAAUGAUAUUCCAAAUCCGUUAUCGGGUCAUAUAUUUGGCUACCUGACAAUACUCUCUCUCCUAACAGCUGGUAUCGCGGGAAUAUAUUUUGGAUGGCUGUGCCGGCAAAUUGAUACUGUCCGGAAGAUUGCUCGUCAAGCGAAAGAAGCCCAGUCACUUUCCAGAAUUUAUAUGUAUAUCUUGUCGGGAAGUUUCUUCACCGCACUAACUACCGUCGGACUGGAGCUGUCGGCUUUUGCUGACCUGUGGACAACAAACGCCACGGAGCGUGCACUGAAUCCUAAACAUUUCCCCUUCUCUUCGGCAAUGAUCAUAGUUUUUGGAUGUUUAAAUAUUGUUUUAUGCCUUUUUUCGUUUUGCGGAAUUUUGAAAAACUUCCGUUCUCUCAGGGAAGCCGAGAAGAAUUUAAUUAGAGUUAUUACUGGUGCUCACCGGUCUUCAUAAUGGCAGUAAUCAAUAAAGUUUAAAAUUAAUUUGCUCGUUAGCGUAUCAAGCAUUUACCCGGAAGAUACGAUCGGCAUGUUCUUGGAUGUAUUCCUCAUCAGCAGGAGGAUAUGUCCUUUUCCCAAGCAUAUCAUAAAUGGAGGAAACGAUGAUAUGCAUUUCUUCGGGAGAUAUUGACCCGUCGCCAUUAAGGUCAUAAAGAUUAAAUAUCCAGCGGAUUUUUUCAUCUAUUGUGCCUCUGGACAUCACAGACAUGGUCACAAUAAAUUGAUCAAAUGUGACAUUUCCAUCGGAAUUUUUGUCUAGUGAAUCGUAGAUAUGCCCCGAAUAUGUUCGCGCAUCUGUAUAAGUGUAAACAGUGCUGCAUUCUUUAUUAGAAGUUGGAUUUCCUCACGCACAAGGAACCAGCACAACGCUAUUGCGUUUUUAAAAGUACGGGUAUUGAUUUCUAGUUACUCUUGCUUGGUUUUGAUUAAGGUCGAUAGCAAUUCAGUGAAUAAAGAGCCU